UUUUUCGCGAUUUUUUUCUCGAGCUUAACUGAACCUAAACUCCCUUACAUCAUGAUCUAUUUUACAUAUAGUGAUUUUUCCUAAAACACUACUUUCAAAACAAUCCAAUUUCUUACGAUUUUGAAGAGGAAUGAUGGUAGAAACAUGAAAAACAUCAAAGCUUUACUAGGAAGGACGGAGGAUUCUCCUAGGCUUUUGAAACCAUACAUGCAAGAAACUUCUGCGCUUCUAAAAAACUUCAAUCCUUUAGAACGUUACAAUUUGAAACUAAACUUCAAUGCCCUUGCAAGCUUCGAAAAUGGGGAGAAGGUCUGGACGGAGGAUGCAUUCGUAACUUUUUUUGGAAUCCCUGAUACCUUGCAGCUUUCUUCUUUUUUUUAUCGGGCAGCUUGUAAUUUUGGCUCCCAUCAUCGUAAUGGUUGUUUAACGUUCUCAGCUCUUACAAGGUUUUUAGCUUGUAUUACUGAAAGACAUCAGAAAAUAUGGAGCGAAGAUAAAAGAUUAUCACUCAUAUUUGAGAGUUGGUGCGACACUAUUCCUCAAGAAAACAAGGGUAUCCUCAACGAAGUCUACGAUUUAAAGACUGUUAAGGAUGUAGGAAAAAAUACAUCUGAUGUCAAGAACACUCCUCGUAUGCGGAUUACAAAUUUCCAUCGAAUAUGCGUACUUGCUUUAUGUAUAGUUGACCUUCAGCCGGGGGAAUCCAUUGGUAAUCAUAUAAGCAAAUUUUCUACUCCACACUUCAAAAAGGCAGAAAAGGUUGCUGAUAUUUUAAUAUGCGGGGUGAGAAAAGACGGUUUCUCAUCGCUUUUGCUUUUCGAUGACUUUAUAACAUUUUUAUAUGAAAAUCCGUUCUUCCUGAAUCAUAUAGGGUGUCUCUUUGACUAUAUUUUUUAUUCACAUCCCCAUGUGCGACCUGCGGAAAUUGACGAAUUCUGUUUCAGCACCUUCUCUGUCUUAGACUCUCUUCUUUACGCUCAACUGCGCUUAUGUAUCCCUGACUUUUCGUUCAAUUACAAAAACUUGAUUAGUCUCUUCAAUUCCAACGAUCACGGCUAUUCAAUGUCCUCAAUUGAAAGUCGUGUCCUAAACUUUAAUGAACCUACUAUCCUGCUUUUUAAGGGUCAUAGGAUUUCUGAGAGAAAAAGAAAUUCUCGACAAUUGACAUUCGAAAAAAAGUAUCCUAAAAAGUAUUCAAAUGAUCCUCAUCAAUGUACGAAACGACUAGAUUUGUUUGAAAAUCACAAAUCUGAAGAAGAAUUCCCAAUUGUUCUUGGCGCGUACAUUACAACUCCAUGGAAACAGUCUCAAUCUGAGUUUUUUGGUAACUCAAAUUCAUUUCUAUUUCAGCUUCGUCCAAGACAUCAAGUAUUUCGUGCUACAAAAACGGAUUCCAGUUUCUGUAUAUUCGAUAAAACUCUAGGUAUCUGCUUCGGACUCAGACGUAACCAUGUAACGAACGAUUUGCUAGUGGAAAGUCCUGGAGUAACUAUGCUCAUUGAUGAUAGUCUAGAGUAUGGAUUUUUUAGACACGCUGGGCAUGGGGCAUUUGAAGAAGGAAAGCAAUUAACAGGAGCACUGUUUGAAGAAAGGUUUCUUAUACACAACCUUGAAGUAAUUGGAAUCAAACAAUCAUGUAAUUUAGAAAAUAGCAUCAAGCUUGGAAAAUAAGCGGGAAUGGGAAUGGAACAAGAUAUCUUAAUCGGAAUGACAAUCGACGCAUGAGAAAAUUGGUGUGUUUUAGAUUACUUGUGUUAGAAAAUUAUAUUUUUGUUUCGAUGUCACAUUUCUUAAUUCUACUCUGUUUUAUUUUGUUCAAUGAAGUAUCGUCAUCUUCCACUGCAGAGUUAUAGGGACUUUUGCUUUUUUUCUGCUUGCCGUUAUCUUUCUCAUCAUCUUUUAUAUUCCUUUCUCUCUUCUUCAUUUCCUUUAGAUUCUCCUUCUCUCUUGCUUCCUGAAUUUCACUUGGUUCGGGUAACUCUGCAAGUUGAUGUAUAAAAUCCCAUUCUUCUUGACGAACCUUUGAAAUACUAAGCCGUGCCCGAUUAAGCAAAGACAUUUGUGAAAGUUUUCCAUUUAAAUGCAUUUUUAAUUCUCUAAGGGUUAUAGACCUUUUUAGUGGAUAUCUCGAUUGUACACCUAUUGAGUACCACCUAGGGUUUUCCUUUGUUGAUUUCGGAUCAUAAUAAGGAUCACUCGGGUCCCAGCAAGAAUCUUUAUAUCUGUUAACUUAUCUUAGAGCUAAGGAUUGAUACUUACCGUCAGGAUGAGGAUUUGAGCAAAUCUAAAAAAUCAAUUGUGUUAGUAAAAGUAUCGAAUGUCAUAAUCAUCAAUGGUCGAGCAAAGUAUAUUAAGACUUAACAUAUUUUCCAACUUCUGCAUAGAAGGAAAUUGCAAAAAUCUUUCCAUAUCCAUUUCAUGUUGUAAGUUACCUCCAUUACACCUUUCAAACAUUUGUUAGCAUUCCGAGAACGGAGAGUAAAAGAAAUACUUACCUUUAAUAUGAGGAAAUUUACAAUUAGAACAAUAAAGAAAAGCAUAGUCACCUACGGACAUCUGAUCUCGAAUCAUAUUACGAGCCUCAUAGUUUCUGACACCGCUCCAAGAUUCCAUUUUCCCGUCUUUUGUAAUUUUUUCCAGCAUUUCAAAGGUGAAAGCAACAUCAAUCCCUUUAACAAUACGAGAUUCGCCUUCAGCUUUCAUCAGCCAAUAUUUUCGACCACCUUCUUCCUUGUCUGUCAUAUUGGUAUGCAACACUAGCCAGCAAUGAAGUUUCUUGGUAUAAUCUAGAAAGAACAAUAGAGAAUCAAAGGGAAUUUAUGUUCUUAGAUAAUUAGAAUGGUUUGAGGGUCGUUCGGUAAGUUUACUCUCAAGAAUACCAUAAUGCGAUGGUAGAGGUCUCAGAACCCAGAUUUCUCGUUUGGGUCAGUAAAGUCAUCAAAUACUUGAUUUCAUUGACGUUCAUACUUUCACAAUUCAUCUCUAUUUAAGUUCUCACUUCAUAAAUGCUAGAAAUGAUUGAAAAUACAAGGUUUCCUUAAGGGCUCUACCUCUGUUUAUUAACGUAUUGCUCCUUCAUAUGUUAUCUGUUUUACCGCGCUAGAGUGAUAUAGUACAUAUUUGUUUGCUAGAAUUAGGUCAGGAACAAGAUUCAAUUUCUGAAUUGUAAAAAAAGCAGGUAUCCAG